ACGGAACAAAAGAUGAAUUACUAAGGGAGGCUGUGCAAAGAUACGUCCGUUGGGUUGGUGCUUUAAAUACUUCCAUUCCUAAAGGCCGUUGGACAUCUGCAGAAGAUGCUGCGCUCAUUGAAACCGUAUCACGUUAUCUUAAUGCUGUUGAUUCUCAAGGAAAUCUCAACCAAUACCAUGGAAUAAAAACUGGUGCCCAAUGUCAAGCACGUUGGACAGAAGCAUCAGAUCCUCGUAUUAAAAAGGGAAGUGGUCUCCCAGUGAAGAUAGUAUACUGA